AUUUUCGGCCUCCAGCCCUCGCGUUGCUCUGGCAUUCGGCAGUGCCUGUACACCUCCCCCCCGCAUUCUGCGAGGUCCCGAGCCGAUGUCGCCGGCCCGCGCGCUCGCCCUCCUGGCCUGCCUCGGCACUGCGGCGGCGUUCGUGCCGCUCGGCGGGCCGCAGCCGGCCGGCGCCCUGCGGCAGCGGGCGGCCGUGGCGGGCGCUGCGCAGCCGGGCGCCGCCGCGCCCGAGGCCGAGUCGACGCCGUGGUCCUCGUGCCUGCUCGCCGGACUCGGCCUCGGGUACGCCGCCGCGGCGGCGGGGGCGCGCUCCCGGGCAGCCACGGCCCGCGCCGCCGAGCCGAAGCAGCAGAUCGCGGCCGCGCGCACGCCGGUGGCCUAUCCGAUCUUCACCUUCCGGUGGCUCGCAGUGCACAUGCUCGCGGUGCCGACGGUCUUCUUCCUCGGCGCCAUCGCUCCAUGCAGUUCAUCCAGCGCUGAGGCGCGCGCCGCUGGCCGGUGGUUGCCGUCGGCGCGGCGCGGCGCGGCGGGGCGGGGCCGCGCGCGGGAGGAUCGCCUCGGGGGACCUGGUCGGGGAGGGUAUGGGAAUUCCGCGAGCCGCCGUGUGCGCGUAGGGCUUGUAACGUUUUUUAGAACUUCGGCCGAGAGCUUCGAGCGCGCCCCGUCGGCGACUGAAAUAUUGCCUUCGUUCCAGGACGCUCCUUGGCCUGCCUGGGAAUCCGCUCUCCCUCUAUUGCUUCACUCCACGGCUGUCACUGCGCCCUCGGGCGGAGGGCCAGUCGGAGUCACUGCGCUGGAUGUUGUGGAC